GCAAGAGCAAGCAAGCACGCCGUCUCUCUCUCUCGCUCACUGCUCGCGCACACUCGCGCCCUGCUCUCCACGUCUUUAGGCGUGCCGUCCUCCUCCGGUGCCGACCAUUCGCUUGCGCAAUUCGUCUUCCUCUUGGCUGUUGGUCGGUCUCUUCUCAUCAACGUCCCACCAUUCUUCCUCUGUGAUCCAGCAUCAUCACCGCCGACCCAUCUUCGGCCAGGAACCAGUGUGUGUGCGCGCGUGUGCGCACCAACCCGACAAUCGCAGCUUGGACAUAUAAUUUACGCCGUCCGUUGCCAUUUUCCAUUGGUUACGAACGACUCUCGAAUUACCAUUUGGAAAGCGACGAACAUCCACAGCGUCGCGGUCGUCGCAUUGGAACACAGAUUGGAACCAGCAUAGAGGACGCCGCACGAGUAUCGCCAAUGAAGGCACAUACCAGCUUGGCCGGCGCCGCCGCGGCCGCCAUCUUUACCACCUUAUCGUUUGCGCCGCUCGCUUCUGCCGGUUUAUUAUCUACAUCAUCAUAUUCAGCCCCGUCAAAUCUAGAAAAGAGACAGAGUUCGACAGCCACACCUUCAGCGAUCAGCAUUCCGCCAAGUCAAUACUGGGAAGGCAACGAUGGACCAUGGAGUGAUUUCUUUGUGCAAAUUGGAGAGAGGCAAUAUAUCCAGAGCGUACGCAUGAUGGUAGGCACCUCGGUGACCAGCGUGCUUGCUGUCGCUGCGGGUACUGGAUGCCCUGAUAUUUAUGGUUCGGGUUGUCAAAAUUCCCGAGGUGGUGUCUUUAACACCACAGCAUCAUUCACAUGGCAACCCAACAGCAUUUACGGCACCCGUAUCGAAGAGCCUCUCGGAUACAGUUUUUCGGCCAACGCGGGCUACGACACGGUCAAGCUCGGGUUGAACGGACAGGAUGGGCCGUCGGUUCAACAUACAGUCGUCUUCGCUUACAACCCUUCUGACUUUUGGGUCGGCAUCUUCGGCUUGAGCCCGUAUCCUACCAACUUCACAAAUUACAUCACCCCGCAGACCUCAUUCUUGAGCGUGUUAUCUGCCAACAAUACCAUUCCUUCAACAUCAUACGGAUACACGGCCGGCAAUCAAUACCGACUAAACGCAGUGUAUGGAUCUUUGACCUUGGGUGGUUACGACUUGAACCGCUUCACGCCUACAGGUGUUUCUUUUCCAAUGUUCGGCGACAUCGGCAAGGACCUGUCCAUUGUCGUGCAGAGUAUCACGACCGAUUCAGGAUCACCCUCGAAUCUUCUGCCAGGCGGUGCGAUUACCAUGUUCAUCGACUCGACUGUUGCCCAACUUUGGUUGCCGACGAGUGCAUGCACGGCAUUCGAGCAAGCAUUUGGUAUCACAUACGAUUCAACAUCUGGACUGUAUCUCGUCAACAGCACACUUCACACUUCGCUCCUCCAACGCAACGCCAAUGUGACUUUCACUAUCGCUGGAACUCAAGGCGGCAAAUCCGUCAACAUUGUCCUUCCAUAUGGUGCCUUCGAUCUGACUGCGCAAUUUCCGCUUGUCGCCAAUUCAACACCGUACUUCCCGCUUCGCCGUGCAGUGAACAGCACCCAAUAUGUCCUUGGUCGGACUUUCCUCCAGGAAGCUUAUCUCAUCGCUGACUACGACCGCGGCAAUUUCACCGUUGCGCCCUGUUCCUGGGAUAUCAAUAAAGUCAACACCCCUCUGAUCGGCACCAUCCGCCGCGUCAACGCCACGUCCGAAGGCUCUUUCAUCGGAUCCUCCAUCUCCAGUGGCAGCUCAGGAAUCUCCGCCGGCGCCAUUGCGGGCAUCAUCAUCGGAAUCGUCGCCGCUGUCGCCUUGAUUGGCCUGUUGAUCUGGUUCCUCCGAAGACGACGCAACGCGGAGAAGAAACGCACCGCCGAGCUCGACGCCGCCAACCACGGUUUCGGCGACGCCAAAGCCGAACUCAGCGCCGACUCCGUCAAGCCAGACGGGACCUACUACGCCGCGAGCAAGAAUGGCGGAGACGAACUGGCCGGCGAACCCAUCCACGAGAUGACGGCCGCCGAGCGCGUCAAGGCGCAGGAACUCGAGGCCCUCAACGCAGGCAAGACGGGUUAUUCGGAGAUGGAUGCCGGUGGCGAGUAUUACGCCCCCGGCGGCAAAUUGGUCUCGCCCGCGGCGGAAAUGCCCGGCCACGACACGAUUUAUGAAAUGCCGGGGUCGGAUGUCCACGAGAUGCCUGCGCCGCAGCCCGGGAGGGAUAUCAAGUAUUGAGGUUGAACGACCCUUUUCGAUCCGGUGUGUGUGUGCCGUUUGUGGACUUCCGAAUUGUUUUUUUAAUACCCCCCCUGCUUUUGGCUUUCGAUCGUCACGGGACCCGACACUACUGGACUUUCCCUCUUUCUUCCGACUUGUUCCUUUUACCUUUUUCCUGAGCUUGAAUGAUGGAUAGCGCCGGCGUUGGUGGUUUGGAAAGGAAAGACAUAUGUGUUCUCUUGUCGUCAUCCUGUUUGAACGUUUAUCUUAGGAGGAGGAAAAAUUUAGCUGGGAUUUAUUGAAAUUUGUAGAUAUCUAUCUGAUGAAUCCGCCUUUGCUACUGAGCGAAUCGCAGAUGUAGAAUUGAUCAAUUGGAUAACAUCUGUUGCAAAGAUCUC